UGAACUAUAUUAAGGAAAUAAACGUUUGGACAUUAUUGGCUCGCCAUUUAGAACUAAAUAUUGGUUUGGAAAGUCGGUAACACCUACAUUAUUAUUCUUACACAUUCAUUAUUAGAAAUAUAAACACAUAUUAUGCCGCUUUGAAUUAGUCUUCUAACCAAUCUGUAAAUUGCAGAUGGAGGGUCGCUUUUUGCCUUCCCUAAAACUUCAGGCAAUAUCCGACAACCACGCCGAACAAUGUCACUUUAAAGUUGAAACUCUUCCAUCAAGGCGAAUACUUUUUAACGUACGCGGGACACAAGCAUAAACGAAAGUACUCCAAACGCAAAUCUAUAUAUAUAAACAUUUAAACGUUGGUACUUACAUGACUACAAACACUUCUUACAUGCAUUUCAGAAUGUCUUGAAUGCUUCAACUGUCAAAAUAUUGCGGACCCAGAUGCAUGCACAAAAACAAUUCAAUGUUUAGAUAGUGAGGUUUGUUUCAAUUUCUUAACAGUCCUGCUAUUUGCAAAUGCUCCACUCUGGUGACGAUGUACUGUACAACAUGGGCUGUCAGAACAAUCAGUUAUGCAGUUCUUCCGUUGAUCCCAUCGGUAUCAUCGGUCGCUCCAUCCAGUCCCGACAGCAGUACUCUUGUCAUGAAUGCUGCAGCAAUUACCGUUGCAAUGAUCAGCUAUGUAAACACAGAAAACAAACAUCAUGCAUUGACGACGCAACACUGGACUGUGCCCGUCUGAACUCCAUCAUCAACGUUUGUGCUGAUGUUCAUCACGCCAAAACCAUUUGUCCAAAGUUUUGCGGACUCUGUCAGCUCGUUGAUGGCAACUGGGGAGACUGGGGGAGUGGUCUUCGUGCAGCGUUUCGUGUAGUAACGGAACGAAAACACGCACACGUACCUGCUCGAACCCGCCUCCUUCCAACAGUGGACUCAACUGCACCGGGCCUAAUGUUGAGUCAAAAAUAUGUGCGAACCAACUAUGUCCGGUACACGGAAAUUGGUCAGAUUGGUCCAUGUGGUCAAGUUGCUCAGCUACUUGUGGUGUGGGAGUACGAAAAAAGACAAGAACGUGCACGAAUCCUACACCAGACCGGUCUGGGAACAAUUGUGUCGGUGAACCGAGCGAAUAUACAGUGUGUCCAAAUGAACCCUGCAACGUCAUUGAUGGUGGCUGGUCGAGCUGGGGUGUGUGGCAGAGAUGUUCUGUCACAUGUGGAGUGGGUCUAAAGUUUCGACACCGGACCUGCACCAGCCCCAGUCCUUCCGGCUACGGCAAAACUUGUGAGGGCGACUAUACAUAUUCUGCUGUGUGUGUCAACACGCCAUGUCAUGCAGUAGCCUUCAACGCCUACGGGAAGAACGUUUUGUCAAAUCGUGUCAAUGCGUUUUCAACUGUGCUCUUUAAUGAAGGGAAUGCGUACAAUGCCAGCACUGGACACUUCACAGCUCCCGUGGACGGGAUAUACCACUUUACGGCCAACAUGUGCGUUAUUGCCAACCAAGCCAUUGGUUUUAACAUACAAAAAGGCAGUGCAACCAUGAGCGGAAUGGUAUAUCUAAAACAAACAUAUAAUUACAAUAGUGACAAUCCGUCGUGCACUUCUGCAUCCUGCUAUGUGAAGCUGACCGUGAAUGAGCACGUGUGGGUCCUCAUGGCUUGUCAUUACACAUCAGAAAUAUUUAAUCAUGAUCCUUAUAAUUCAUUUACUGGAAUGUUGAUCCAAGAACUUUAAUACAUUCGUGAACUCUUUGUUCCAAUAUGCGAUUAGUAAUGUAACUUAAUCUAAAUUAAAUUGUUGAAAAGUAUUUAACACAAACAAUGGAAUCAGAUACAAAAACAAUAAUUUCACUCAUUGAUACAAAUCUGUGCGUAUAACUAAUUUUGAAUCACUUAUCGGGUACAUUCAAGUCGACUUAAAUUCCGCAGCUUUAAAAAUAACUAAACUAUGAAUGUGUUAACAAACUAUUGAACAUAUUAUAAAGGGGGUUUAUUUAAUACCUUUUAUACUCGCAAUGUUCAUUACGCAUGAUGAUUCACAUAAUUUGAAUCCUAUUCGUUGACCUGAUUGUACAUACUUCCAGAUAAACACGGUGUUUUAAUUUUGGUGACAGUUGAUUUUAAUCUUUCGCUGACAGACCUUCACUUCGAUAAUUUAACAAGAAUACUAAGCAAUAUAAUAGUCCUGGCCAGUAUUUUUAUUUUCAACAAAUACUAACAAACAUGAAUAUAGGCCGUAUUAUACAUAGACAUUUAACUCUACUGGCACUUACAUGUAUUCAUCCGUUUGCAAAUAUUGGUUUGCAAAAGUUAUUAAAUGUUGGUAAUCGUUUGUUAUUAUGAUUAGAGCGUUAUUAGAUUCUUAGCGCUUCUUCUUAACAUACAUUAAUAAGAACUUCCGUUAAAGUAGUUUUCCAUUUAAAUAAUUAAAUUAAAAAUGCUUAUUUACGAUUAUGAAUUCAGACCUUUGCCUUGUUAAGUAAAUAUUAUCUUUGCAAAAAAUAAAUACAUCAACACAUGUCAGAAGCGAUGAUUUUGCGGAAAGAUUAUCUCCGUCUACAAUCAUUACUACUUUAUUACAGAAAUUACUAAAAGUAGAGGACUGAAGUAAAAUUUGACUGUAAGUUCCAUUUCAUUUGAGACCGUUAUGUUUAUUUUUAAGUUUUCCAAUGACCUUCUCAAGACGAAAUGAAAUAGGACACUACUCUUGACCUAUGAAAUAGGACACUACUCUUAACCUCUGAUAGACAGUACGCUAUUUGAAUAGAUACGAACAUUCUCACCAGGGAAUAGAAACAACAAAAACUGUUGACAUACUUUUAUUCAUCGAGUAACACUUCAGUAGUAUCAUUUUUGCGGAUUUCUUAUUACCUGAAACCACCCUUCAAAGAGCUCGUAAACCAAGCAUAACGUAAUGUGAACAAAUCGGUAGUGAUAUAGUAGCUGCUCGGAUUCAUAAUUAUAGUAUAUCAUUAGUAUUCUGAAGUGCAGUAAUAGACCAGUAAUA